AGCUAGAGAAUUGGCGAAAAUCUUCGUCUUUCUGUUCGUCGAGCAGGUACUUUUUAUAACCUGCAGCUAUUGAACACUUUUUUGCUUGUAUGUGUGCUCGCUUUAGCGUCCUGGCGAAUGGUUUUCAAGAUUUCAAUUUAAAAAAAAAAAUUGUAAGUGGCUAUGCAAUGUGGUAAGUGGCAUGAAACAUUUUUGUGUGCUCUGCGCUUGCGUUCUUAGUGAAAUGUAGGCUUUAAUUUAUUUUUUAAAAAAAUGUUGAAAGCAUUGUAUUUGGAGAAUGCAGACAUAACAAUAAACCAGUGUUAGCAUGCAGUUUGGAUGUUAUUUCAACAAACAUCUACUUACACCUUAAAUCUGCAAGACCUUUAGCCGGAUGAGUAUCUGUACUGUGUUCUAUUUACAAGAUCUAGCAAGGUGAAGCACAAGCCAGAGUACUCAUCAAUAAAAGGAUUGGAGAAAGCUCGAGGCAGCUGUGGAGCACCAUCUGAGCCCUGAGGUGGGUGGAACACAUGGGGUACUGGCCAAGUCCACUGUACUAAAGCCUGUUGUGUCUGCUCUUCACAACAAAUCCCACCGCUCAGUGCGUCUGCGCUAGGUGUGGUAACCUGCGGUGUGACCGGGAGCCGUCUGGCGGUGACGCGGCCCGUGGCGCCCGUCCGCGCUGCUCCACCAUGGAGAGCGGUGACUCAGAGUACGAGGAGGAGGAGAUGGUGGUACUGGUGGAGCUGCACGGCCUGGUCGACGACGAGCUGCUCACCAAGGGCUGCUCCUACCAGUUCGUCGGCAUCGACACCGACAAGCCGGUGCUGCAGCUCGGCAAGUACAACUUCCUGGGACACUACGAGGACCAGAUCGGCUCGGCGCUCUUCCUGGGCCAGUCGACCGACGAUGGCGGUCAGAAGACGUGGUCCAAGGUGUGCUUCUCCGACAAGAAGCUGUCCAUGCAGCGCGUGUUCCUGAGGAAGAAGGGCGAGGAACCGCCGCCGGCGAUCCCGCCUCCCGAGGCAGAGGACUCGACGGAGGAAUCGGAAAAGGAAACUGAGUCAGCCGGGGGGUCGGAGAAGGACAGGGAAACGGAGCUGGAGCCGUCCUCUGGAACAGCAGAGAAGGAAAAGGAGCCGUGCUCUGAAACAGCAGAGAAGGACCAGAAGCAGACUGGUGACGCGAAAACGGACUCAGCACCGGCAGAGGGCGGUUCGGAUGUGGAGAUGACGCCCGCGGAGGGCUCAGGGACACAAUCCAAAGCUCAAAAUUCAGACAGUGAACCACCUUCGAACAGCGAUAAACCUUGAACGUCAAAGUGCCCUCCCGUGUGAACGUUUUAGUGUCAUGAACUUCGUGCACGUGUGUCACGGGCCACGUUUACCUCCGCCAUGAUCACGUGCAUCACGUGCUCGCCCGUGUCACCGCUGUCGCGUAUCGCUCGUGCGACGGCACGCUGCGUUUCGCGGUAGUUGUGACCGACAGUGACGUGGAACCACCGCGUGACCCGUCGAGCUGGUGACUUUUCCGACUCGUAUCGCCGAUUGCGGUGUUUAUUUUUGUGUGCCGACCGUUUGGUUAUCGCGUGAGCGGCGGGCUCGGCCGGUGUCGCACCCUGUGACGGCGGCGACGGCGGUCAGCUCCAGUGGUCACGCUCCCCGCCGAGUGACCUUCGCCGGUCGGUGGCGCCGCGCCCCGCCCGACACCGUUACUCCGCCGGAGUUCGGGGCUCACAUCGCGCCAUUGCAGGGUGCCGAGGGGAGGACAGACGGUGCCCGGGGUGCGGCUGGGUCCCUGUCGGCUGCUGUCAGCUUGUUAUGUUUCUCAGCUGUCGGGCAGUCGUGGACGAUUUUGACAGCAUGCUGCUCCGGAUGUGUCAGUUGUUUCCGAAGCAGGUGGUGUUUGAAUGUGCAUUGUUUUGUUUCGGUCAUGUCAUGAUUGAUAUCGAUUUCGUACAUACUCGUUUAAAUAUUUCCAUACGUCUUGGGUGCGAUAAUUCACACGUCUGAGAGCAAAUUGUAUUAUAUUUCGUAGUAAAUGAAUAAGUUUGAAAGACAGUUUCACAGCUCGAACUUUUUGCCUUCGCCACAAACCCUUUUCAAAAAGUUCAUGGUGAAAGACCUCGUGUUUACAAAAGGAGCGUGAUGUGAGUACUUUCAAUUUCGAAAAUAUAAACCGGAGAAUUUGUGACCCGGGAAACAUUCCCCAUUAAGUGACCGUGGAAGAUAUGUGUUGCACAAAAAUGGAUCGCUGCAGUAUUUUGUGCCGUACUUUUCACUCUGAAGCAUUGUUAGCAGCUACCCACAAUUUACCAUGCAUGGAGCUCAGGAAAACCGAAUAAAAUCGCGCUGUA